CAUCAUCAUGGCAACAAAACUUUAUGUUGGCGGUCUGAGUUGGAACACGACAGACGACUCCUUGCAUGCGGCGUUCUCGGAAUUUGGCAGUGUCACAGAUUCCAUCGUGAUGAAGGACCGUGAAACCGAUCGCUCUCGUGGUUUCGGUUUCGUCACCUUCAGCAGCGCCGAAGAGGCAGAUGCAGCCAUCGCUGGACUGCACGAACAGGAGCUGGACGGUCGCCGGAUCAAGGUUAACCUGGCAAAUGCUAGACCCAGUGGUGGAGGCGGCGGCGGUUACGGCGGGGGUGGAGGCGGAUACAGAGGUGGUGGUGGAGGCGGGUAUGGCGGCAGAGGUGGAGGCGGAGGCGGGUAUGGCGGCGGCGGCGGAUACAACGGCGGUGGAGGUGGUGGAAGUUGGUGAUGAGAAAGCCAGAAGAAUGCACCACCAGUCUCAUGAGUAGAUGGAUGACGUUCGAUGCAGAGACAACACACAAGCGAUAUUUACCAAGGAUAGGCUAGCACGAGUCAUACCCGACGUGGCGCAUUUAGGUUUGCUGUAAUAACAUAGUGUUCGCGAGGCAAUCGUGAUGCUUCUUGCUUCAGUAUUCGGAAGCUCGAGAUGACACUAUAAAUGACAC